CCCGACGCGACGCCUUAAAAGGGCAGUUCCCUCCCUGCGCCGCAGUGCACUCCCAAAGGCCCCGCCGGUCAGACCUUUCAGCUGAAAAACCUUCUUAAAAUGGCGGCGUGGAAAAGAACUCACGCCCUCGUCUCCGGGAUUUGUCUCCUCCUGCUGGCGCAGCAGGCGAUGUCCCACACAUGGGGACACCACCGGCCGAGCUACCGCAAGCCGUACGAGCGCUACGGCCGCCCUGGGCUGUAUGAUGGCUACGGCAGUUACGGGAGGCGAGCCGGCGGAUACGGCAGCUCCGUGUCUGUGUCUCCGGCCGCGCAUCGUGAAGCGGCACCGAAAGAGCGCGACCAGGAAAGCGAAGGACUUGGCCAAGGGGUGGUCGGUAUCUCGCCGCUCCCUACGGACGAAGGAGUGAUAGGAGUUCCUCCCGUGGCGACGGACGGAGGUAAGGGCCACCUCCACCUGGUGGGCGGCACUGAAGGGCUGGCCGGAGCAGAAGCCCCGCUUCCCAGCGCGGGAUUCCCGGGCGAGGGCUCCUUGGUGGCCACCCCUGGGCUCGGCCAUGGAGUCCGCGUCAGUGACAUCGAUCUGAGGGGCGGUCCUGCGGGGGCAGAGUGAGGGCGGUUCCUGACAGAAAGCGACGUUGCGAAGAUAAAGCAGAACCAACACGAUGUGUCAGUCUCAUUAAACGUUUUCAUAAUAGA